AUUUGGACCAGGUUAAUUAUCGAGUAUCAUUGUCAAUCCGAGAUCUCCAUGGAGACAGAAGGUCCGAGUCCAGGAUCGCUAGACACACUUCGCCACCUCGUCAAGUCCACUCUUUGUCAUGUCAGCCUGAAGUUACUGCUCUCGAACGGGAUGAAUACCCAAAGGGAAGGCCGCUCGCUUGCACUGACGUCUCAAAGGGAUGCAGACUCCUUUCCACCCGCCAACUUUUUGCUGACCUUUUCAUCAUCUUCGAUCGUAUAGUUUGUCAACAUACUAACAUCUGACACAUAUACAUACUCCCGAUCGCCCUCAAACGACGCCUUGCGCGUACCAUAUCACGCCGUGUAGUAUACGUCGAGGAUCUGGAGUUUCCCAAUUCUUGAAAGGCGCUGAACACAAGUCAGUCAGUUGGACCUCAAUGGGCUUAUCAGAUCGACCAUCAGGAUCUACGACUUCGUCCACUCUCACACCUGGUCCUCCUUCUCAGCUCAACUUCAGCUCGUUUCCAAGAAGGGUCUCAACGCCUUCAGCCUGUACACCAUGCAAGAGAUCUCACUUGGCAUGUGAGGCGUCUCGGCCUUGCGGACGAUGCAUCAAGCUGGGCAAAACCGAUGAUUGCGAGGACGCACCGCAGUUGAAGCGUGGUCGACCAAGAAAGCUGAAGCGAUCCAGUACACGGUCUCCAAGCGUUGAUUCGAGUAGUUUGACAGCAUGUUUGGAAAGAGAUGUAUUUACACCAACUGGAUUCGAGUCAGGCUUCGACUACCCUAGCCUUCUCGAGUCGUUCGAGCUUUUCACCACAACAGACUUCAAGAUCCUCAGAGCCACUGAUCCCUGCUAUCACCUCACCGGAUUUCACCCUCACGAAUUCAUCAACAUACCUCUCCAAGAACUUGUCUUCCCUGAUGACUGGCCCCAGAUGAAGCAUCAUCAGAUGGCACUGACGAACCCCUUGGAUGGCCCCGCCAGACUUCGGACCAGUCGCCAAGCGCAGGCCGCGUUGACACAGCUCGACGACCUCAGGCUUCGAGUUCCUGCCCAGGGCAUGGUUGCGCCAUUUCCGAACGAGAAUGUUAGGGUCGUACGAAAUGACGGGACGUACGCGCUUUUCAACGUCCGCAUCCACCUCGGAGGAGCACUCGAAGGUUGCCUGAGAGAGCUGGAACAGCUUGACUCGAGUUACUUUGCCAUAUCUCUUCUGAUCCUUCGAUCCUCCGACUCGCCUAUCCUCGUCGACAAGGUGAUCCCACCAACUCCUCUCACACCGUCAGUGGGCCCUAUCUCACGUCCACAAACCGAAAGCUCAUCUGUCGACCCUCCUGGGUUCUCCACCUUUGCCGCUGCCGCAGCCCUGCGGGAGACCAGUCGAUAUGCGCUGUCGCCUUCCUCGACCAGGCAGGACGGUUUUGCAGUCAACUCGUUAUCCCUCGAGACCCCGUUUGAAACUUGGCGUUCUUCCGCGGUGUCUCGGCUGCGAGUUCAGUACCAGCAAUCGUGGUAUGAACAAGCCGGCGAUCCAGUCAGAGAACAAGGAUGGAGGAGAACAUACCUAACUCCCACGCACAAUGGAUCACAUCAGGGUCUCCAGAUCACCGGACUACCUCAAAAUGCCCAAAUGGGUACAAGCUGCCAGCCCCUGAGCGCCUAUACCGAUGAAUAUGGAGAUUGUCCUCGAACGAGCCAACCUGACAUGCACCACGCAACUACAGCACGUCAGCCUCAGGAACACCUCCGGAACGGACGGCAGGCGGCAUGGCCGAUAGACCUUGCUCAACAUCCCCUACAUCUGACAUAUUCGCCUGAGAAUCUCCACUGGACUGGAUAAUCGUCGCACUCGCAAUAUCUGCCUGAACCUCGCUUCGAAACACGUCUCGAAAUCAGUAGAGAUCACCCCUAUAUCAAACGAGAGUUCUAGCGUCCAACAAGUCUUUGGCGUGACAUUCUCUACAUUUUGAGGAUUCUUCGUCUGUAGCAU